AUGUCACCAGCGAGCAACAAUAAUACCACGUCCCCGGCAAAGCGCCCUGGUCUCGGCCGCCGUUCCGUGUCCUCCCACGCGGUCAUCUCGACACGUACGUCGCCAGCCAAUGCGACAGAUGCGAUCGAACCGCCCAAAGCGGCGACUGGCCACAAAACUCGCGCCCACGUCGUGGGUGGUGGUGGUCAUCGCGCUCACGGACGUAACCCUUCAUUCGGUAAAAAUCUGAAUAAGCUGCAGAGGUUGCAUAGUGCCCAAAAUGUCCAGUUGCUCACCGAAAGUGCGACGAUCGGCACAGGUGUUCGUCACCACCAACGCAAAAAAUCCGCUCCUGUGACACCUGCGGAAAGUCCUCGGAAUUCAGGCGCGCAUAUCCGUUGGGACGAGACGAACGCAUCUUUGGGCGAUCGCAAAGCCAACGCCGCCUCGAUACGAAAGAACUUUUCCACCCCCUCUCUCCAUCGUCCUCCCUCAGGUGUUCUCACGAAGAAAUCGCUCGUCACAGAUCGGCCUCAGUCAGCAAAAGGACGGCCUAAAAAAUCGGUUGGCUUUGAGCUGGCCGGCGCGUCUGACUCGGAAGCAGAGUGGGAAGAAGACAGUACUCAAUCACCAGAGAGCACGAGACGUGGAUCGGUCGCGCCAUCCGCCAGAGACAGCGCCGAGAAUAGCCAGGUAUUGGUUGACCCGUUAAUAUUCGUGAAGCGUCCGUAUCCCCAGAUACAAGCACGCAGUCUGCCCGAGUCUAUCAUUAGCACCUUCCCUCGAGAUAAGGAGAGUCUAGAGAAUGAGGAUUCAGAAAGUGCGCGUCAGUCCUCGGUCUCUUCGAAUGAACAGAUACAGCCGAUGCAUGCCCACGAACCAGACGGGAUAGCGAGUCGUUUAUUGAGUUCAUCUCGAACAUCCAAGGCCCCGCCUGCAAUGUCUUCUAUAUCAGCUAUCGGCACUGCGACAGCGGUGGACGCAGCCCGUCGGAACGAGUCCCUAACGAAUCUAGCUUCCAGUCAUGUCGCACCACGCCAUGCCCCCUCUACAUCGUUCACAGCUGAAACUCAGACAGCCCCUCGGGCUACUCCUCGGGCCACUCCUCAGGCUACAUCGUCAUCGAUUGAAGGUGGCGUAUCGCGCUUCAUUACGAAUGAUCAAGCCGGGGCACACGCCGCUUCUCGAACGGAUUCCGAUCCCAAUACACCGUCGUCAUUUCUCCCACAUUACCAUCCACAAACCCCUCCUUCUCCCGGUCGCAAUUCUUCGAAGAAAGCCAAGGCAACAUCACCUCAACCGCGACCUCCGGGCGAUGGUCCGCAUUCUCGGACACAACAGAAAUUGUGGCUACAGCGAACAGCUACCUUGACCACGUCGCCGCCCGAUUCACAUGGCUCGCCGGCCAUUCCACCUUCCACUAUUGAUCCCGUUUUCAUGGCUGCUUCGCAUUCAAGGACGGGACAAUAUGAAAAUGGCCGAGGAGCAGUGAAUGGAAGCGUCCGUGUUGGUGCAACCCAUGAUAGCGAGGCCAAACAUACCCGCAAAGCGUAUGAGAAGACGUCUUCAGAGAUUAACGUCGUUCGGCGCUUUCAGAAUCCCACCAAAAAUAGUUUCAGCCGGAUACAACGUUUAGCAAAUGACGUAGGACGCCCAAGCUCCAAGUCUGGGCCUAACAGCGACCUGGCCGGAAAGAGCGUCAAAUCCGCGCCGUCAUUGACAAAUGGAAAAUUCUUACAAACACCCCCAAACAGACGACAGCGUGCUCCAGUUGGAGACACUGACAACGGCACCGAGUCAGAUAGUCGGCACGCAGCAGCAAAACCAGGCCGUGUAUAUUUCCAGGAACACGACGAUGUGGUCAAUAUUGCCGACCCUGCGGAGCCGACGGAUCGCCUAGCCAUUGAAAAUAACGUUGAUCCACAGGGCCAGCGUUCUGCCCAGCAUAUAAUCACGGCAUCUAUGAAAUCUGGUGACCGAGACGGCGACGGCUACUUUGCUUCAGAGCAAGAAAUGCUUCUCCGUAGGAUAUGGGAAAGCCGAGGAGAAAUUGCCAGUCCUGGAUAG